UGAUUCAUUCUCUGUCGCGCUUUGGACGAUAUGACGCAUGACGUUUCAAGCCUAACGUUGCGCGUCGUUGAACGCAGAUAGAAAGCUGGGGGAAAAGAGUAAAAGUGACGAAUUUUAUCUGCAGUGAAUAAUAUUGUCUCGUUUCCUCUUUCUUUCUUUUUUUCCCAUUUUUUUUUCGAAGUACAUCGGUUCUAUUCGCGGUAAUUCGUAAUUCGACAGCGUGUGAAAUUGCUAUAGCGACGCGCCACGAAUAGCAGGUCGGAUGGAGGGGGGAGGGGGGGGAGAGGACAGACGGCCAUCUCUAAGCGAUUCUGAUAUUUUUUCUUCCACGGUAUGUCAGAGGGAGAGGCGUUGUCGCAGAAGAAGCAAGCGCAGCAGCAGCAGCCGUUUCAUCCGCAGCAACAGCAGCAGCAGCAUCAGCAUCAUAUCGGAGCAGGCCCGAUGGCGAAUAUGGCAUGGCAGUAUCCGCCGAAUAACAUGCACAACAUGUUUCCUCCAUAUCCGGGGCAAAUGUAUAGUCCAGGAUAUCAAGGCGUGCAGCACCAAGGAUUCAAUUAUUAUCAUACAAUGAUGCCGGGAUAUGGUCAGACUUUUAAUCCACAGCAACUACAGCAGCAGCAACAACACCACCAACAGCAACAACACCACCAACAGCAACAGCAACAACAACAACAGCAACAACAACAACAGCAGCAACAACAACAGCAGCAGCAGGGGAAUAAUCAAACGAAGCAGCAGCUACACCAACAACCUCCCAUACCUGGUACUCCCAUGGCUUUAGAUGAUGAUUCUGAUCUUCCUCCAUUGCCUCCUGGUCCACCACCAGCAGUUCAACCAACUCAACAGCAUAACAAUCAUGUACAACAGCAAUCGAUGGCUUAUUCAUCAGGAUUGAUGUAUUCAUUUCCUUAUGGUAAUUGGAAUGGAAUGCAUAAUGAUACUUCUCAAUAUACAAACGGGCAGAUCCGUUUCAAUUUGCCAAACAAGAAAACUGGUCUCGGAUAUACGCCUUCCGGCAAUAGCGGCGCCGCGAAGAAAAAACGUAAGCGGAACAAAAAUUUAGCAGCUCAAUUCAACAAUAGCUUUCAGGGAAAUGCUUCGACGAACAGUCCUAAUUUCAUACCUAACGGACCUAACGCAAAGCCGACGGAACUGCCGCCGCUGCCUCCUGCGCAGUGUGAAGUGGCGGCUCCUCCGCCGCCUAGCGAAGAGCCACCUGGUCCUGUUGCGCCCGUUACCACGGCAGCUACGACUAAUAACGCGAUUUCUAGCGCCGGCGCUACUACUUCCAUCGCGGUCAUUCCCAGUCCGGUUGGAGACUGGCCCGACAGUCUGAAAAAUUACGUGAACCGAUGCUACGAAAAAUGUAAGACGGCGGUCGACAAGGAUCAGGUUGAAAUUAUAUUGAAAGGAAAAAUCACACGCGCCGCGAACGAUGGCUCGCUUUGGGUAAAGGACUGGGACAAGGAACCUCUGCCCAGCAUCCAUAGCGAACGCAUGACUAUGACGAUCAAGCCUCAGAAGCCGGCGUUAAAGCUGGCGAAUCCUCUGGCGAGCCCACUGGUCAAUAGUCAACAGGGAGGCCUGCGCAAGCCCGGCCUGUCCAGCUCGCUCGGGGCUCGGCUUGGCGCGCGUCUCUCUGUGACACACAGCAGGCGGUCGAGGACUAGGUCGAAGUCGAGAUCUAGAUCUAGGUCAAGAUCAAGAUCUAAGACAAGGUCGCGGUCCCAUUCGCGGUCGCGCUCGAGAUCGAGGUCAAGGUCGACGCGUUCGCGCACACGUAGUCCGCCGUCACGCAGGUACAGCAGGCGUAGCACAUCCUCGUCCUCGAAUAUUAGUGAUCGAGAGCACGAAUACAAGGCUCUUAAAAUGAAAAAGUCCGCGCGCAGCAACAAUAAGGCGAAUCACGGCAAUAAGAAGAACAAGAAGACUAAGCAGGCUAAGUCACAUUUCUAUUCCGAAUUUGGUUUAGCUACAGGCAAUACAGACGAGCUAGGCACCAAGGAGAAGCUACAGCAGCGUGCUGCCAGAUUCAACGAUGGCAUUUCCAGGACAGUGGUCAGCAGCAGCGUUAUUAGAGACGACCCAAAUGCCGACUUUGACUUUACUGGACUCCAUAUCGUUGGCACAUGCAAGGAUCUAGAGAAGCCUUAUUUGCGUCUCACGUCGGCUCCUGCUCCUUCUGCAGUUCGACCGGUAAGUGUACUUCAAAAUUCUUUGGCCCAUGUCAAAAAACGUUGGCUAGCCGAGCAGGACUACAGAUAUGCUUGCGAUCAACUGAAAUCCAUCCGACAAGAUCUUACCGUGCAAGGUAUCAGGGACUCGUUUACAGUUCAUGUAUACGAAACUCACGCCCGUGUAGCUUUAGAACGUGGCGACCAUGAGGAAUUUAAUCAGUGUCAGACGCAACUGAAAAUGCUGUAUCAGGAUCUCGGUGGUGAAAACCGAUGCGAAUUUAUUGCUUAUCGGAUAUUGUAUUACAUUUUUACAAAGAAUACUCAAGAUUUGACGACGAUUUUAGCAGCUCUUUCGACAGAAGAUAAAAAUGACGAGUGUAUAAAACAUGCUUUGAAAAUACGCUCGGCAUGGUGGUUGGGUAAUUUUCAUACUUUCUUCAAACUAUAUAGAACGGCACCGUGCAUGUCUGCCUUCUUGAUGGAUUGGUUUGUCGCGAGAGAACGAAAGAAAGCAUUGAAAUUUAUGAUAAAGUCCUACCGGCAAAAUUUGGCGGUUCAUUUCGUCGUAGCGGAAUUGGCCUUUGAGUCUUUGGACAAGUUUUAUGAAUUUGUCAGUGAGUUCGGCUUGGUUUACGCUGACCUCGUUCGUCAGCAAAUCGACUGCAAGGCAAGCAGUGGUAGUCUAGGUAGUUGGUAGAAGCCAAACUCUACUCUCCUACCUUUAUCUUUUAUGGCGGAAGAUAACUUAGCACGCGAAAGAAAAGGGCCACACAUACAUACGCACACACAUGUGUGCGUACAUGCAUAAUAAAUAUCUCAUGUGUGCGUCGCAUUAUGUGUAUAUGCAUAUGUUUCGGACAUACGUGUACAUUGUGUGACGCAUAUGCAUAUAUAUAUGUAUAUAUAUAUGUAUAUAUAUAUAUUUACGUAAAUAUCUUCCAUUUCGUUGGUACACGUAUCUCAAUGUGUACAUUUUCCUCGCUCUUGGAAGCCCUACGUAUGCUGGCUCUAUCUUUCGCAAACUAUCUUCAAAUCAUCGUCCCACAUCACAGUUUUAUCAAACGUCGGGCAGAAAAUCGAAAGCUUGGAACUUCGACUACAGCUCCGACUGUGAAUUUGUACAUAUGUAUACGCUCCUUCAUUCGCGGUUUUCCCCUCUACGCGCACGUGUACAUAAUCACAAGAGGACAUAUAAGUGGAUUACUUUGCCGGGGACCCGUGGAAAUUGUACAAAAUGCGGAUGGAUCGCGUGUUUCCAUUAAUCCGGCGCUACCUCACUAAAAAGGUUAAAUGAAAAAAAAAUCUCUUUACAAUACAUGUCGAGAAUCGUAUUUACAACAUAAUAGGAUUUACGGUCUUCGCGAAAGAAAAAAAAACCCAUUUUUUUCUUGCUUGUUCUCGGCUUGGAACGAUUCGUUGAUGAGAAACACGAAUCGCUCUCUCCUUUCCAAUCGUUUGUAGCGUGAUGCGCACGCACACAUGCUUCACUGCCACAGUGCUCGAUCGAUUUUUUCAAGUAUUCUUUUAAGUAUUACUGCACGAACAAAAUCUGUAGCUGCCCCAGCCGAGUCCAAAUACAAGCAUCUCUUUCUUUGAAGAGAAGAGAGCUUCGAAGAGAAUGUGGAUAAGGAUUCCAUUUUUACAAAUCUGGAGACUCGAAUCGCGUUCAAGGAGAACAUCCCGCAUUGACUGCCAUUUGUGCUCGUGAAAGACGUUUUUUUCGAUCAAUGAUGAAGCAGUGUUCCUGAUCGCGCGAUAAGUGCUGAUUUUUCUAACAAAAUCAAAGAAGAGGACACCGAUAGAUCAGAUAGGAAAGGAAAAGGAAAGAAAAUGGCAGGAUCGUUUGCAUUCUUCAACUCAAUUCUUCUGAAUAUGAUUCUGGAUGAACAAAACAAUGCAAUCGUCGAUUCGAGAAGACGAUAUCUAAGUUGAGGAUGAAGGCAGAAGACCGAAGGCAGAAAACCUGGGGGGGGGGAGCACCGUCCCUGUUGCACGCCUCACGCGACAUGUGCGGCGUGUCAUUAAUAAUUCUCCAAUCGAGUGUAGGUAGUUUUGUAAUUAAUUUCAUUUGUAUAAUUAAUAUUUUAACUAGUGUCCAUGUGCCGUGCGUGAGACGACGAUGGACUCCUUUCAACGUUAGAGUCUUCUUUUCUUUGCUGGACCUUGCCAAGUGGUCGAGACGCUCUUUAUCGUUUUCGCGCGCAUGGAAGAUGCAUCAGCCGCGUUAUUCAUACGGAUUCGGAAAGGGGAUGAUUCAUUGUACAAUAUUUUACUUUGCAUAUACUAUGUUGUGCAUAAUAAAUUAUUUAAUUUUUCUGA